GUAGAGAAUGCUGAUAUUCCGGUCCAAGUAAACCAAAUCUGGUUUAAUUUGUGGCUGUGAAUCUAUAGACGUCACUGUCGUAUUCAUUUAUAGAUCUCGUACGCAUAAGCCACUAAAGCACCUAGUAAUUUGUAAACCAAAAAGCCUAUAAAUAUAGCCCCCCUGGUUAAUACUAAUUUCAACACUUACAAGUUACAACAAACAAAAUACAUAAACAUAGUUAACUAUUCAUUACAAGCAACAUUCAAGAACAUGGAGGAGAAGAGCAAGAACAAGAUCAGUGAAGAAGAAAAACAGUUUCAUGGGAGUUCAAGUCGACCAAAGGGAGGAUUAAUUACUAUGCCCUUCAUCUUCGCUAACGAGAUAUGUGAGAAACUGGCGGUGGUUGGGUUUCACGCAAACAUGAUAAGUUAUCUAACAACACAGCUUCACCUUCCCUUAACCAAAGCAGCCAACACUCUCACUAACUUCGCCGGAACUUCGAGUCUCACUCCUCUUCUCGGUGCCUUUGUCGCCGACUCCUUCGCGGGCCGGUUUUGGACCAUCACUUUCGCUUCCAUCAUCUACCAAAUCGGCAUGACACUACUGACGAUAUCAGCAAUAAUACCAACGCUAAGACCACCACCGUGUAAAGGAGAAGAGGUUUGUGUAGUAGCAGACACAGCACAGUUGAGUAUACUGUACAUAGCUCUUCUUCUUGGAGCUCUCGGGUCGGGUGGGAUCCGACCAUGUGUUGUUGCUUUCGGUGCGGAUCAGUUCGACGAGUCGGAUCCUAAGCAAACCACCAAAACCUGGAACUACUUCAACGGGUACUAUUUUUGCAUGGGAGCAGCAAAUUUAGUGGCCGUGACGGUUCUUGUGUACAUCCAAGAUAACGUUGGGUGGGGUCUAGGUUUAGGCAUCCCGACAGUUGCUAUGUUCUUAUCCGUUAUUGCUUUUGUCGGCGGUUUCCGGCUUUACCGUCAUUUGAUUCCAUCCGGUAGUCCGUUUACCCGUUUAAUACAAGUCGCAGUCUCAGCAUUUCGCAAAAGGAAACUGAGGAUGGUUUCUGAUCCUACACUUCUCUAUACCAACAAUGAAAUUGAUGCUCCUAUCUCCUUAGGUGGUAAUCUCACACACACCAAACACAUGAGUUUCUUGGAUAAAGCAGCAAUAGUGACUGACGAAGACAAUUUGAAAUCGGGUCAAAUCCCAAACCUAUGGAAGCUAAACACAGUCCACCGAGUCGAAGAGCUAAAAUCUGUGAUCCGAAUGGGUCCAAUUGGAGCUUCUGGGAUCCUACUAAUCACAGCCUAUGCUCAACAAGGAACAUUCUCUCUUCAACAAGCCAAAACCACGAAUCGACACUUAACCAAAUCAUUCCAAAUCCCGGCCGGUUCAAUGUCCGUCUUCACAACCGUUGCAAUGCUCUCCACUAUCAUCUUCUACGACCGCUUCUUGGUAAAAAUAGCCAGAAAAUUCACCGGUCUCGAGCGAGGAAUCACAUUCCUCCAUCGUAUGGGAGUUGGAUUCGUAAUCUCGAUCAUCGCAACUCUUGUCGCUGGAUUUGUUGAGAUCAAGCGCAAGCAUGUUGCUAUCGAGCAUGGCCUUUUGGAUAAACCACACACAAUGGUUCCUAUCUCGUUUCUUUGGCUGAUUCCUCAGUACAGUCUCCAUGGAGUUGCCGAGGCUUUCAUGUCGAUCGGACAUUUGGAGUUUUUUUAUGACCAAGCGCCGGAGAGUAUGAGGAGUACUGCCAUGGCGCUUUUUUGGAUGGCCAUUUCGAUCGGGAACUAUGUGAGCACUUUGCUUGUGACUUUGGUUCAUAAAUUCAGUGCCAAAUCGGAUGGAAGCAAUUGGUUACCGGAUAACAAUCUAAACCGAGGAAAGCUUGAAUACUUUUACUGGUUAAUCACCUUGUUACAAGUAGUUAAUCUCGUGUAUUAUCUCUGGUGUGCCAAGAUUUACACGUAUAAACCGGUUCAAGUGCAUCAUAGUAAGGAAGUCAAUAGUUCGUUUAGAGAUGAAUUUGAGCUAUCCAAUAGGAGUUUAGUUGAUGCAUGAUUCUCUUGUGUAUGUGUAAAUUCAAUAAUAUUGUUUAUAAAUUCAAUAAAACAGAAAGAGUGACUUUUUUCAUA